AUGGAUCCCCAAAUUGAAGAACUAUUAGGCCUAGAAGCCGUCCGUACAAGAGCGCAUAUUGUCCUCAAACUAGCCGAGGAGGGUCGUUUGAACCAUUUCAACUACCAUCCUCAACGCAUGGAGGAUGCCACCGAUUACGUACUUAAGCUAAUUCAGCGUGACUUCGGCCCCGACAGAUAUCACCUGAUUCCGCCCCAUGGACGCUGGCAGCAUUUCGAAGUCGGCGGGGUUCCCCGCAUAACCACUCUUCUAGCUGAAUGGGAUGAGGAGAAAUGUGACACCACCGAAAAGACACGCAGACUGAUAGAUCUUUUCUUCGUCUCUGUCCUCUUGGAUGCUGGUGCCGGAGACUUUUGGAAAUUCAAUGAGUCACAAAGCGGUCUGACGCUCAAUCGAAGCGAAGGUAUUGCAGUCGCGGCCCUGCAUAUGUUCCUAAACGGCGACUUUGCUGGCCAGGAGUCACUAGUGAAACACACCGCCAACGGCGAUGCUUUGCGCAAUAUUAAUGUAGACAUUUUAUCCCGUGGACUCCAGGUCAAUGAGGCCAAUCCCAUGAUCGGAGUAGCUGCACGCGCAGAUAUACUCCGUAAACUCGGCGAGUCUUUGAAGAACUUGACAGAUAUCUUUGGACCUUCUGGCCGUCCUGGUAAUCUUGUUGACUAUCUCAUUGCCAAAUCAAAUGAUGGAAAGCUCGACUAUAAGGAUCUUUGGAACGUGCUACAACGCCUCCUGAUCCCCAUCUGGCCGUCCGACCGUACUCACCUAAACGGACAGCCUAUCGGCGAUGCAUGGCCCCUACGAGCACUUGAACAGCGGGCUGGAUCGGAGUCGAAACCCUACUCUAACAUCCAGCCCUUCCAUAAGCUGACUCAAUGGCUGGCGUACUCGUUGAUGGUGCCGUUCUCUCGUCUGCUCUCCGUCUCAUGGUCUAAUACCGAACUGGGGACUGGACUGCCAGAGUAUCGCAAUGGAGGACUGCUUGUCGACAUGGGAGUCCUAGAAUUGAAGCCCGAGGCACUGCAGCGAGGGUUGAGCCUUUCGGGUAGUAGCUUGCCUUCGUUCGGUGCGGGCGAUGACGAGAUCGUGGAAUGGCGGGCGAUGACUGUUGCCCUACUUGAUGUCCUGCAUACGAAGAUCCUCGCCCGCUUGGAUGGUGUCCAAUUGUCUCUACCUCAGGUGUUGGAGGCGGGCUCUUGGAAAGCGGGUCGUGAGCUCGCAGCGGCUAAACGUCCAGAGACCAAGUGCAGUCCUAUCCUGAACUUUGGUGAUGGUACCUUGUUCUAG